UCAGUACAUAUACUUAGACACACUCACCGAGCAUCUGCCAUGGGCACUUGUUUACAACUUGAAGGGUUCAUGUGCCGUUCCGGGCUGCUCAGCGGCGAGCAGCUCCUUCGUCCCUCGGUUAUCCCCGCCUCGAGGGUGCUCUGCAAAGUCGAGCUGUUGGUCAUCACUGCUGCUCGUUGAUGCUGGAUUGCCUCAGCUCAGCAAGACUACUUAUUCUUUCUGUGGAAAUAUGUCAGAAAAUCCUAACCAAGAAGCCGAAUCACAAUGGGUGAGUGAAGCUGUGCUGCUGACUCAAAUAUGAAACAACAACAUGCAUAUAACAAAAGAAUAAGUUAUAGUGAUUUAUUUAUCUUGGCAUAAUAUUCAUGUCGUGAAUAAAAUGAACGAGCUCGCGGAUUUACUGCCUUCCAACAGUGCCACUGUUGUUGCAGUCUACAUGACUACAAUGCUUUAGAAGUGAGUGUGAAAGUUGUGAAUUUGAGAAUGUACGAUGAAGAAGACAGUGUCUGUGAAACAGGUGGGCAGUCUACCUAGAGCUGCUUUAAUGAAUUACGUAGUGUGUUGAGGAAGCAUUUUCGUUGCAGUAGGGAAAACAUGCCAAGCCAGUGCCACCUGAAACACUAUUCAACGGGACAAUUGGCAUCGUCUUCUCCAUAAAGAAAAAAAAAAGAAACAAAAAGAAAAAAAGUUGGUGCCCGCAACAGUAGCGAGGUAUAUAGAAAACACCCGGUGGAGGAGAAACGCUCGCCCCACAGAGGAGUACAGUGGCCCAGGAGCUCUCAACGUACAGAAGCUGGACAUCUCGUUGAUAAGGAAAAGAAUCGGCGGUGGUGCCUUUGUCAACGAAAAUAAAAAGAACGAAGAGAAAAGAAAGAAAAUAUAUCCGCCGAACAUAUCUCGUGCAUUUGAUCACACUGUGUCGUGCGGGAUAGUGAGUUAAUUGCCUGAGGUUUUCUUCUUGGUCGUAAAUUUCCAAGACUGCGCUCCAUUAGUGAGAGAAGGACAUCAUUACACAAGAACAACUCCUCGACUGAACACAAGUGACCAGUGUUUACCUACGUGUGUGUGUGUGUUUAUGUGUGAAGGGGUGGUGAGCACGUACAGGCAGGACGCACAUAGCCUUGUAAGAUGAAUUUUUUGUACUACAAGGGAUUUAGCGACGAAAAGGCGGGUUCUUCACAUGUCGGAUACAAAAAGAAAAAGGAUCAAAGGAAGAAAAACGCCAAUUUUCAGUAUGGCAUCGAAGCUGUCAAAGUUCACAGAGCAGACAGCAUCGCAUGCUGCGGGUUGACACAGGCCCGGCCACACCGAUCGUCAGUUGGCCGCCACACAAAUGGUACCUACUACCCUCACCCCCACCUGAAGAAGCAAUCUAUGUUCCUGCAGUCCACGCCCACCCCGACAGGUCACGUCGUGGGGUGCGAGUGUGAGCUCUGCACCACGGAGUUCCCUCUACGCACCCACCUACUCAUCGACAUGUCAUAUUCAAGACUGAAUCAAGAGCAGCAGACCACACCUAAAACCAGCACGGGUUCCAGGUUCAGCUUUUUUAGUCGCAAGAAGACCUCUAACUCGUCCUCGGCAGCUCAGGCGGCGGCCUCGCUGGCCCUGCUGAGGGAGCAGAGGCGCAUUAUUGCCGAGAGGGCACUGAAGCAGGCCGAGGAGGAGGAGGCAGCGAUGGCGUCCUCGUCACAAGUCCCCGUGACGCUGAGUACCCUCAAACAGGAUUCCCUCAUGAUCCCCGCGGCCCGCAUGGCUCAGUUCUUCCCUGCCGGACACCCAAUUCCAACGAGCAGCAAUCACGGCCGUCUGAGGCUGCUGGAGGCUCCUGAGCAGAACAUUCAGGUGGUGUUCCACAUGAUGGGCCACGCCACCCACGUCACGCCGGCACUGUGCUCGCCGCUACAAGACCUCUACACUCAGCACCGUGAUUGUGUACUCAAGGCAUUCCGGGCGGCGGUGAGCGGAGCUGGAGUGAACAAUGCAGCGCUGCAGGGGAUGGUGCUGCUCAACCUGGAAAGGGGAGGAGAGAUGGGUGCAGUAGAGUACCCGUUCAUGAUGGUGUGGGUGGUAGAUGGGCGGCAAUGCGACUCACGCCUCGUCAUCAGUAAGCUGCGUCAGCUCAGCCUCGAAGUGUUCGACCCAGCCAAAACAGGCUUCUCCUGCCCUCACUACUUCGACACCUUUGAAGAGGUGGCCAUGCUGGCGAGACCUCCUCUCGAGAAACUGAUGCGCAAGGCCACCACUUCCGCCACAGGCUACAUCCUGACAGUAUUCAAGGUGUUCGAGGGCGACGACAGCGUUAAAUUUGAAAGGAACUGGCUGAGCUGGACAGGAGCAAGGACACUGUACAAGAGCUUGAUCAGUGAGGUAGGGCUACGCCGCCUUACCCUGCACAAGUCGCGGGCCCAGAGUGGCAUGUUGCACUACGUUCUCCUCUGUGACUGCGCCAAUUUCCUCACUAAUAUCCAUCAGGCAGUGCGGGCCAUUCCCUCCCUCAGGAUGCGGUUAUGUGGCGACAUGGGACUCUACAGACCGAUAUCCACGUACUAGUCACAGUCUCUAAUUGUGAACGAGGGAUCAUUGCGUGUCAGGGUGUCACGGUUGUUCGUGGAAUAUGUGCAGGUGCAGUGUCAAGAGCGCUAGGAGAUGGCACAGCCACGAUGAGGAACUGCACAGGUCUAGAGGGUGUCAGGACAUCUAAGUGAGCCGUUCAGUACUACAUUAUAUAUAUAUAUAUAUAUAUAUAUAUAUAUAUAUAUAUAUAUAUAUAUAUAUAUAUAUAUAUAUAUAUAUAUAUAUAUACACACACACACACACACACACACACACACACACACACACACACACACACACACACACACACACACACACACACACACACACACACACACACACACACACACACACGUGGAUAUAAGAGUAUACAAAAUGUCUUUAUUACUGUAUGUAUAUAUAUAUAUAUAUAUAUAUAUAUAUAUAUAUAUAUAUAUAUAUAUAUAUAUAUAUAUAUAUAUAUAUAUAUAUAUAUAUAUAUAUAUAUAUUUCAGUUUCUGUGAUCCUGUGUAGUACGUGGCUGUCAGAUGAGAUUUGAUCAUCUCUCUGAUAAGAUCGUCACUAUGAUUUAGAUUUUUGCCUUCUCUCAUUGUUGCACAGAUUCCUCAUAAUUCAUCAAUGUUUUCCUUCAACCAAUCAUAGAGGUAUCAUCAUCCACAUCUUUACAUUCAUCACCUAACAUGGUAUAUAUUCACGUCAGUACAUCCAGUCUUCACCAUGCUCUUCUACUUUGCAUUAGCUCAUCCUCACUGUGUGCGGUCUAUACAUAAUGUAGUCAUAACAAAUUAUGUGAGACAUGCUCUGGCAUUACACUCCCUUGGCUCUUGCACUAUCCUUUAGCAAUGCAAUGUCAAAAUUAAUUUUACUAUGUACAAAUGGAUCUGACAAAAAACAUCCGUCUAGUCUGUUGUAUUAAUAGAUAUACAUUUCUUUGCUGUGCAGUACAAUGGUGUCUGUUCCUGCUACAUCCGACGUUCAUAUCCUUACGGCGCUGCACAAACGUCACCUCUCUGUUAUGGAAAAGGGAAACCUGUGAGGAAAAUGAAUUGCAAUUAAUAUGCAGGUCCCCGUUCCCUUAUGCCAUGUCCUCUGUUCGUUUACUUGUCUGAGUUUCUAUUAAUCCAGAACUAUUUGUGAUCUAGUCUAACCAGCAUUGCUUCCUUAUGUAAGUAAUAUAUUUAUCUAUUUAUUCAUUCAUCAUAUACUUGCUUACUUAUCAGUGUUAAGUUAUUUUCUUAUUUCAUUCGGUAAUAUAUAAAGAGGGUUGGUUUCCUGUACUUCCCAGUUUUGCCUUUUUAGUUUGCUGGAUCUUGUUAGGUUCGGGGUCUUUCAACAAUAGCGCAUAAUAGGUAACCAACCAUACCGUUAUUUUUCCAGCUUAGUGGCGAAUGCCAGUGUGCUCCCUGACCAUACCAUGGUGUCACUGGCACAACAUGGGCCUGCUGAACGAGUAGCACACGUUGAAUUUGUCAAUAAAAUAUAUGUUUUGUU